GAUCGGAAACAUGGCGGCUGUGGGUUUGAUUAGCCGUCCUGUGAGUGUCCUUCCAAGGUUUUCCAGUACCUGCUCUCCUGUGGUUCUGGCUUUCGGCCCUGUUGCGAUCCAGCACAGGCAGAUCCACCAUGCUCUCAUCCCUAAAGGAAAAGGGGGUCGCUCCUCGUUUAGUGGAAUAUCAGCCACUGUCUUUGGGGCUACUGGCUUCCUGGGCCGAUAUGUUGUCAAUCGCCUUGGUCGGAUUGGUUCUCAGAUUGUGAUCCCUCACCGGUGCGACCAAUAUGAUCUCAUGUACCUUAGGCCCAUGGGUGAUCUUGGCCAGAUCCUCUUUGUGGAAUGGGAUGCAAGGGAUAAGGAAUCUAUCCAAAGAGCAAUAUCUCACUCUGAUGUUGUGAUUAAUUUGGUGGGAAGAGAGUGGGAGACCAGAAACUAUAAGUAUGAGGACGUGUUCGUAACCAUCCCGCAGCAAAUUGCAAAGGCAUCACGCGAAGCCGGAGUCUCGAAGCUAAUCCACAUCUCCCAUCUGAACGCUGACAUCCGCAGCCCUUCAAAAUACCUGAGAAACAAGGCUGUUGGUGAGAAUGCUGUGAGGGACGAGUUUCCUGAUGCCAUCAUCUUGAAGCCCUCAGAGUUCUUUGGGAGGGAGGAUCGCUUUUUCAACCACUUUGCUAACAUGCGUUGGUUUGGCAAGGCUGUGCCUCUUAUCGCAAUGGGAAAGAAAACAGUCAAGCAGCCCUGUCAUGUGGUUGACGUGGCCAAAGCCAUUGUUAAUGCCAUUAAAGAUCCUGAUGCUAAUGGAAAAACAUUUGCGUUAACUGGGCCCAACCGCUAUCUGCUGCAUGAUCUGGUGGAAUAUGUGUACGCUGUAGCCCAUAGGCCAUUCGUACCCUAUCCUAUGCCACGUCCUCUUUAUCAUCUUGUCGCAAGCUUCUUUGAAAUGAAUCCCUUUGAGCCCUGGACAACACGUGACAAAGUUGACCGGUUUCAUACCACAGACAUGAAGUACCCAGGCCUGCCAGGCUUUGAGGACCUGGGCAUCACACCUUCUUCUGUGGAGCAGAAGGCCAUCGAGGUCUUGCGCCGUCAUCGCCGCUUCCGUUUCUUGGAGGCUGAGCUGUCAGAGAACAAGCCUGCCAAAACUGUUACCUAUUGAGCAGUCAGUCGGAGCCAGUCUUCUGCACUUCCUCACAUCGUGCUGUCUUGUUUUACUACGACUCUGUACAUAACUAAAUAAAUAAAAGAUGUCCUAUAUCCUG